GCAACCCGUAAACAAUGCUACCCAAUUGGCUCACCGAAGAGUACUUGCAGCCCAGGCUGAGGACUUACUAUAAGGAUGAUCAACUCAAGGUCCUUAAAGUCUGGUCGAAACCGGCUACGGAAAAGGGUCAAAACUACAUGAGCACCAUGAUCCGUAUCCACGUGGACUUUCAGAAAAGUGAUGGACUAGUUCAGAAAAAAACCUACAUUGUCAAGGAAGCCUUAGCUGAGAAUAUUCCCCAAGCAGCGAUAUUCAUAGAGUACGAUGUGUACAACCGUGAGAUGGACAUGUACGAGUUCGUCCUGCCGAAGAUGAAGGAACUUCUCGAGGAAGCUGGCCUGAAAGGUAAACUCACUGCAGAUACCAUCGUCGUGGACCGAGAACAUAGCACCAUGAUACUGGAAGAUCUGGCGCAGUAUAACUAUGUCAAUGCGGAUCGAGUGAAGCAGUUGGAUCUGGAACACACCAAGCUGACUUUGAAAAUGUUGGCCAAGUUCCAUGCCGCAUCUGUAAUCCUACGACAGCGCCAUCCGGAACUCAUCUCCAAAAGCCUCUUUACUCACUUCUUUUCGCGUGACAAAAAGGGUUAUACAGAGGUAUAUACGGGUGUGUUUAGGGCCUUGUUAAGGUUCGUAAAUGGUCAACCAGAUCUAAAGGAAAACUACGGCGACAAGUUGGAGAAACUGCUUAACUUCGUUAUGGAGUAUGGGGCUAGGGUCUUCGAUGUGAGCGAACGAGACCUGCAGAUGUUGAACCAUGGCGAUUGCUGGACCACCAACAUUAUGUUUCAGUACGAUGAUGCGGGUAGUCCCCAAACAGCAGUUGCUAUAGAUUUUCAGUUUAGCAACAUCACCUCCCCUGCCAUUGAUUUGCACUACUUCUUCACCGUUUCGCUGAGGGAAGAAGUUCAGGAAAUGGAAUCAAUUCUCGUCGAUAGUUAUUAUCACGAUCUUAGAGAGAAUUUGGAAAAGCUUUCGUAUAAGGGGAUAUUUCCCAGCAUUGAAGAGUUCCGGCUGCAGUUUGAGUGUCGGCGAUUCAUGUGCCUGUUGUCACAUCUCUUCAAGCCCGUUAUUAUUUACAAUGGCAGUGAAGUGACCUCGGACUUCUCAAGUGUGUAUAAAGAAACCGAGGAGGGACUUCGAUUCCAGAAAUCUAUUUACGACAGCGAAAUUGUGAUCAGAAGUACAAGGAGAUUGUUGGCCAUUCUUAAUGGCAAGGGUGUCCUGGAUCUUCAGUAAGAUACGAAAUUUUAAAACAAAUCAGGGAAAUAAUGUUAAAUAAGAUCAAUAUAAGAAGAUAUCUUCUUUAAUAAAAUAUAUUAGCUAAGAAA